GGAUGAGUUCAACAUCCAAGUCCUGCAUGCCUUCGUGGAGCUGCACGAAUUCACUGACCUCAACCUCGUGCAGGCCCUGCGCUUCCGACUGCCCGGGGAGGCGCAGAAGAUCGACCGGAUGAUGGAGGCUUUCGCCCAGCGGUACUGCCAGUGCAACCCCGGCGUCUUCCAGUCCACAGACACCUGCUAUGUGCUCUCCUUCGCCAUCAUCAUGCUGAACACCAGCCUGCACAACCCCAACGUCAAGGACAAACCCACGGCGGAGCGCUUCAUCGCCAUGAACCGUGGCAUCAACGAUGGGGGGGACCUCCCUGAGGAGCUGCUUCGGAACCUCUACGAGAGCAUCAAGAAUGAGCCCUUCAAAAUCCCUGAGGACGAUGGCAACGACCUCACCCACACCUUCUUCAACCCCGACCGGGAGGGCUGGCUCCUGAAGCUAG